UACACUUACAAAUAUAGCGCAGGUGCUAUAUUUCAAUUCUAGCAAAUUGUAAGGUUUUCGCAUAUAAGCUGUACAGUACGAGGGUUCCGUUGCUGAUCAUCCAGGUCAGACACUUCCUGUGGUCUUUUCGUAACUUUAGCGCCUCCCACAAAAUGCAUGGGUAUUUAAUAAGACAAAAAACAUCUCCAGCCAUUGGUUGACCAAGUUUUGGUUGGCAUAUUUCAUUCCCUGUUUUACCCGGUGCCCAAGAGCACAGAGCAUCUCUUGGAUCCUGACAGCCGACCUGGUGCUGGUACUCCACACAUAAAGUACAGGCCACGCCUUCCACGGUUGUUGCCCACAGCGGCCGACGUCCACCGCCUUCUGCACCUCCGGCUCUAAAGCGGACCGCUCUCGUGGCCGGAGAGCAGAUUUGAUCUCAGGUUAACCCACUAAAAGGCUAACUCUGACCUCCCCACUCCCGCCGCCGACGGAUUCCCAGCUUCUGCCCGGGCGCCCGCUAAGCCCCGCCCCGCCCCGGCGCCUGGCGCGUGACGUCACCGCGCUGCGCUCUGUCAGGAGCCGCCAUUGUCCCACCGGUGGCUCCCAGGUGCGGGUUCCCGGCGCCAUGAGCAAACGCAAGGCGCCGCAGGAGACCCUCAACGGCGGCAUCACAGACAUGCUCGUGGAACUCGCAAACUUUGAGAAGAACGUGAGCCAGGCAAUCCACAAGUACAACGCGUACAGAAAAGCAGCAUCUGUUAUAGCAAAGUACCCACACAAAAUCAAGAGUGGAGCAGAAGCUAAGAAAUUGCCGGGAGUAGGAACAAAAAUUGCUGAAAAGAUCGAUGAAUUUUUGGCAACUGGAAAACUGCGUAAACUUGAAAAGAUUCGUCAGGAUGAUACAAGUUCGUCCAUCAAUUUCCUGACUCGGGUUACUGGCAUUGGGCCAUCUGCUGCAAGGAAGUUUGUAGAUGAAGGAAUUAAAACAUUAGACGAUCUCAGGAAAAAUGAAGAUAAAUUGAACCAUCAUCAACGAAUUGGGCUAAAAUAUUUUGAGGACUUUGAAAAAAGAAUUCCUCGUGAAGAGAUGCUGCAGAUGCAAGAUAUUGUACUUGGCGAAGUUAAAAGAGUGGAUCCCGAAUACAUUGCUACAGUCUGUGGCAGUUUCAGACGAGGGGCAGAGUCCAGCGGAGACAUGGAUGUUCUUCUGACCCACCCAAACUUCACCUCAGAGUCAAGCAAACAGCCGAAGCUGUUACAUCGUGUUGUGGAGCAGUUACAGAAAGUCCAUUUCAUUACAGACACUCUGUCAAAGGGCGAAACAAAGUUCAUGGGUGUGUGCCAGCUUCCCAGUAAAGAUGAUGGAAAGGAGUAUCCACACAGAAGAAUUGAUAUCAGGUUGAUCCCCAAAGAUCAGUAUUACUGCGGUGUUCUCUACUUCACUGGGAGCGACAUCUUUAAUAAGAAUAUGAGAGCGCACGCCCUAGAAAAGGGCUUCACGAUCAAUGAGUACACCAUCCGCCCCCUGGGGGUCACUGGAGUUGCUGGGGAGCCCCUUCCUGUGGACAGUGAGCAGGACAUUUUUGAUUACAUCCAGUGGAGCUACCGGGAGCCCAAGGAUAGAAGCGAAUGACGCCAGCCCCAGCCCCCCAACCUCCCCACCCUCCCACCCCAGCUUUUC